AUGAUCAUCCGGGAUGAGACAUCACGUGCAGAGUCGAGUCUGCCGGCCGAUCUGCGCUUUGCGAAACAUCACGUCGUCCAAGCUCUGGAUUUUAGCAAAGAUGACAGCGAGUUCCAUCGACUGCUUCGGCUUCUUGAUACUUCCUAUCAGGACAUGGACAACAUCUUCGUAUCGAACGGCUUGGUUGGCAUGGAUAUCACUCCAGGCGAGAUUCACAUUCGGGAACGAACCAAAGGCAGCUACCGGUAUUUGGAGUUCUUCAGCACCAACAUCUUGCCAUUCGAGCUGGUCGCAACGAAACAAGCUACUUGGGCUUAUUUCAAGGGAAUCGAGAAGCAUCUUGGCUACGGAAAUUUGUACAAGAAAGCAGCCAAGGAUCUUGACGAACCUUUUACUGUCGUGGAGGACCUAACCAAGGAGCUAUACGCUGGCAAAGCUAGAGCAGAUAUUCGAAUUAGACAAGUUAUUCGACGAUAUGUCGAAGACGAGCAAGACGUUGUGAUACGAGUUUACCGCGCGAUGCCAAUUGAGAUCAAGUUAUUCGACGAUAUGUCGAAGACGAGCAAGACGUUAAAAAGCAACGGGGGCCAGAGAUGGUUGGCCGGCGCAAAAACGCGUCGCGAGUCAGAAGCGUUCCUCGCCCGCCUGGAAGGCAAAAGCUCGGAGGGUCGGGUGCGCUUGACUGCCCAGCACACAGCAUACCUGAACGGAGAGAGGGAGACGGAUGCCGACUUCGGGAACGAGGCCGCGGGGGCAACGCAGACGACUACGGUGGCCGCGACGAAGGUAAGGCAGACGACGACGGCUAUGACUCGUGGGCAAUCCAUUCCGGCGCUUCCGAGCCGACCACCUGUUGGAAAGACGGCGUCGUACAUUGCAGCGGCAAAGAAGCUGCGGGCAGCUCGUCUCGCAGCUAAGGCCAAAGCGGAGCAAAAAACUAAAAAAGGGAAAAAGAAGAUGACCAAGGUCCAGCGCGAAGCUUUGGCGAAGGAAAGGAAUGCGUUCAAAGAAAUCGAAGCUGUAGCCCGUGUGGAGUCUAUAUCUGCACGACGUGAUGCCGAGAAAGCAAGGGAACGUGCGCACGUGGUCGACGAAGAACGCAGCGGGGCUGAAGCGCGCCAAGCAGCGCUGAAAGCACUAGCAGCAGCAAGGAGGAAGGAAUCGUCAAAGUCUCCCGCAGCGAAGAAGCAGAAGAAAACCGCCAGUCCGCACCUUGCUGAACCAGUUGAGGAUUCAGAUGCAGACGACGAGAGUAUGCUGUCUGCAUCAAAGGUUUUGAGUAUGGACACGACUGAGCCACUCACGUCUUCCGCUCCAGCUAUGAAUGCAUCCGUUGAAGAUUAUGAUAAUGGAGCUCUCAACUCGGACUUGGAUGGCGAAGGCGAAGAUUCGGAUAACUGGUAUAUUGAGGAGCAGGACUUGUAUGCAAAGCACACGGACGACGACCUUCUCAGCGAAGAUGCAUACUAG